GACGUGUCUUGCAGCGGCGGUGACUUUUCCAAACUCCCUCACGCGCUAAAAUUGUUCGGUUGUUGGUGCCGCUGGACCGCUUCUACUUUGCAAAAUUUCUCCGUCCGCCCAAUCAGUUUCGUGCGUGAUUUCAUUAAGCAUAUUCUCGUUUUUGCAAUAAAUUCUCGCGGCAUACAUGCAGUGCAAUAGCAUUCGCAAGGAUGUCGGCAACUACUAUUAAAUUUAAUCAGACGUUAACAUCAUGUGAUCCGCAUUAUGAGCCGGUUCUUAUCAUCGGACAGCUUCGUCAUCUAACUCUCCUAAAAUACGAAGAUCUUCUGCCAAAAUUUGGUCAUCGUGUCAGUGAAGAGAAUUUCAAAAAUGGCGUAAACUGCCUGCAUCCUUCUCCCACAGACACUUGUUCAUUAUAUUUGGAUUUAGUCUCGAUUGCAGCUCUUCCUCUGACCACUUCAAGGCAUAACACCACAGCCCGAUCACAUGCGAUAACGCGCCUUGUCAGAAGCAAAUCACUAAACAUUAGCGAGUCCAUUGUACUUGUUUGCGAGAAAAAGGAUGUGUUUGCAAGUGCAUGUGCUGUUAUACGUGCCUUCCCUCUGUACUCGCGGAAAAGUCUUUCAGACAACACUGUGACCACCGUCAGCAUAGAGUUUAUCAUCAUCGACGACUGUAAUGUUCUCACAUCUGGGCAGAUAACGUCGGAUGAUAUUGCUUGCUUGGAGGAAGCAGCAAGAUCAAUUCGGAUGGCUGCCAGAAUUGUCGAUACACCAUGCAAUGAAAUGAACGUAAAUGACUUCAUAAAUGAGGUGAAAAAAGUAUGUAGCGAAUUGUCUCUGACGCCGACAAUAAUUCAAGGAGAGGAGCUGAAGGCCCGAGGGUUUGGUGGUAUCUAUGGAGUGGGGAAGGCGGCUAGUGUACCGCCAGCUUUAGUUUGCAUUUCGCAUGAACCCCAAGGUGCCAAUGAAACCAUCGCAGUUGUAGGAAAAGGUAUCGUGUAUGAUACAGGUGGCUUGAGCAUCAAGGGCAAGCUUGCCAUGCCUGGAAUGAAACGAGAUUGCGGCGGUGCUGCAGCUAUCCUUGGCUUCUUUUAUGCAGCAGUUAAACGAGGCUUCAAGGAUAAUUUACAUGUGGUAUUCUGCUUGGCAGAAAACUCUGUCGGGCCGAAUUCAACGCGCCCCGACGAUAUCCAUACCCUCUACUCGGGUCGCACAGUCGAAAUCAACAACACUGAUGCCGAAGGACGCUUAGUACUCGCUGAUGGAGUUGUUUACGCCCACAAGGAUCUUAAGGCCAAUAUCAUUUUGGAUAUGGCCACACUAACUGGAGCUCAGGGAAUCGCAACGGGGAAAUAUCAUGGUGCCAUAUUAACCAAUAGUGAAGAAUGGGAGUACAAAUCAUUGGACGCUGGUCGUAGAUCGGGUGAUUUGCUGUUUCCUCUGGUAUAUUGUCCAGAGCUGCAUUUCUCGGAGUUUAGUUCGACUGUUGCGGACAUGAAAAAUUCAGUAGCUGAUAGGAGUAAUGCGCAACCUUCUUGCGCUGGACUCUUUAUAGCGGCGCACUUGGGUUUCGACUUCACUGGAGUGUGGAUACAUGUCGACAUGGCGACCCCGGUUCAGAGUGGCGAGCGGGCAACCGGCUAUGGUGUGGCUCUUCUUCUGUCGCUUUUCGGGAAUCACACAAAUUGUCCAAUGCUGAGAUCUAUUGCUCCGGCUGAAUUCGAGCCGCCACAAAAGCGGACUCGUGUUUAAGACGGCCAUUGUUUGAGGAACUGUUGGAUAUUUGUUAUUCUCAGUAGUUUGAAUUAUGUAGAGAAUAUUAUCCUUCGAAAGGAAUGGCAAAUUAAUUGUGUUCGUGUAAUUGUGCUAUCAUUUGUACUUUUUCUUUGAUGUCGAAAUUUCAAUUGAUGUUUGGCUAUGUAGCAUUUCAUUCAUUCUUUCUUAUAUGAAAUCCCAUUCAACAUUUCUAAGUGGAAAGCAAUAAUAGUAAUUGUAAACUGAAAGUGAGUGGAGGAAUAAACUUAUUGUAAAGCGAA